UGUGUGUGAAACAUAUAUUUGUGUCCGGUCGGCUCUAUUGAAAGUCAUGGCAGGUCCUGAUCCGAUAAACACUCUUCUGUAUACCGUCAAUAACCUUCUGCAGCAUGAGAAAUAUAAAGCGGCAUUGGCCGUUUUGAAGGGAUUCAGAAACGGCGCCGUAUAUGGGGCCAAAAUCAGAGCACCACAUGCCCUGGUAAUGACAUUUCUAUUCAGAAGUGGCAGUUUGAAGGACAAGCUCAAAGCCAUUUUGAAGGCCACAUACACCCACUCCCGCAACCUGGCAUGCUUUGUGUUCACAUACAAAGGACUGCAAGCCUUGCAGGGGAGGAUCCAGGGAAAGACUUUGCAGUCUCACUCCUUUCUGGCUGCCUGUGUUGGAGGAUGGUUAGUGUUUGGAGAUAACAACAACAUCAAUAGUCAGAUCAACAUGUAUUUGCUGUCCAGGAUCCUGUUCGCUCUGUCUCGGCUGGCUGUAGAAAAAGGAUUUAUCCCCCAGCCUAAACAUGACCCUUUCCCAGUCUUUGCCACGCUGGUGUGGGGAAUUGUCUUGUGGCUAUUUGAAUAUUACCCACACACCCUCCAGCCCUCACUGCAGUCCUCAAUGAACUACCUCUACCAUGACAGCAAUGUGUGGCAUGACAUUUCGGACUUCCUUGUUUAUAAUAAGCCAAGGACUGCUGCUCAGAAUUGAAGCUUUAGUUUUUGUCAGUAUGGACCAGCUCUCUAGAAUACAAUAAUUGCAUUUUUUCUACUUAUUAAUAUCCCAAGGAUUAUUGAAUGCUGCCUAUUCUAAAAUUAUUGUAAGAUUAUAGUUUGUACUGUACUGUCUUUGAUUCAUUGGCAUAUGUAUUUUCUUGUAUGUCCAGCACACUGUGCAGCUGUCAAAGCCAACUUGUGUUUGUUUGACACCAAAUUUCCAGCUAAAGAGAAUCACCUGCAUAUUUGCAUGGCAUUUUUAGUAUGAUUUUUCCUGAUGAUAUUUCAUGUGAUUGUACAGUUGUCUAAUUUCACUAAAUACAGCUGCCACAGAAUAAAAAACAAAAAGACUGCAAAACAGACUGAAAUGCUGUUAUCUAUUGUAAACCUGCUGUUGCACAGAGACAAAAAUGUUAUCACCAUUAUUAACUGAUUUGGUUUAAAAUUAAAACAUUUGUGCAUCCCUGGGGUUCUUCUAUAUAAUACACAAUUAAUAAAAACUAAAAUAAUGACUCCUUUAUAUUUAAAAAAUGGCAGCUGUUGAUUUUUUGUUAGAACAAGAGCUGUUCAAGUGUAGCACUACUUAGCGUCUUUUACAGGUUAUAUUGACGACUACCUGAAAUAUGGCAUAUUCUGUAAUGAAGCACUAUGACUCCUGUUUUGUGUGUUAUUACUUUGAAAAUGAUGAUUCCCUCACGCUGCUGAGAUCCUGCACCUGCUCAGGAAAUACUGGAUGGGCAUGUCAAAGUUUGUGAUUAUUUACUAAUUAUGUUUGUUUAAAAGCCGAAGGCGUGCCAUUAUUAUGUGUUAUUUAAUGAGGGCUGAAUGAAAUCCUGUUUCAGUCAAA